UAACCUAGAUCAUAAAAUGAAAACAUGGCUGUUUUAUGCGAUGAUGAUGAUUUUGAAGGUGGUUUCACAUGGACAGCAGUGCGAAUGUCCGGCAUCUCAGUGCCCUGAUGCUUGGAUAACAUUCCGAGGUUCCUGUUACUAUAUCAGUGACAACAUCAGCUGCGACUGGACAGAAGCUAUUCAUCAUUGCCAACAACAUGGAGCAGAUUUAGUAAUGAUUGAAAGUAAAGAUGAAGAUCUUUUUAUCAGAAGUUUGCUGGAACGAAUGUAUAGAACUCCUUCACAGCACCCAGGUCAAGAGUUUUGGAUAGGUGCUAAUGACGAGAUGAUCGAGGGUUUAUGGGUGUGGUACAAGGGAGAUAAGCCUGUUAAUUUCACAGGAUGGUAUCCCGGGCAACCAGGAAGCGAGGGUGACGAAGACUGUGCCGUGAUUGCAAGCAGGACUGACGUAUUUAACGGCUGGCACGACGCUCCGUGUGCUGCCUCACACCACCCUAUAUGUGAGAUAAGAAAUACCACUUUAAUCGAAAUAACUAAUCAAUUAGGAGAUAACUGCUGGAAAACAAACAACCAAUAAACAUGCUGAAUCAACAAAAGUUACUAAAAUAGUUUUAAUAAACAUAAAGCUUUAUUUGUUGUUGAAUCAUUUAUUGAAAAUAUUGGAUGAGGGUCGAAGUGUCUUACUGAGGCGUAAAGUGCCUUGAGGGCUGCAUUGUCUUCAAAUGUUUGAGGUGAUGUGUCUAGAGGCGAAAAUGUCUUGUUCCCGCUGGAACAAACAUGAGGCGUCCAUGGACAUAUUUAUCGGUUGUAAGUAAGUUUGAACUGGAACAACAUUUUUGUUUUUCCCUAGUUAAAAGUAAAUAUAAAGUGAAUGAAACAGUCACCAAUACGCUUGUAAAUGAAACUCUGAUCUAUUGAUAAUUAAGCACACAAUCUGCAUACCACUGUUCUUGAAUGUAAUAUUUCUUGUAUUUUUUAUGUAUAAUUAACAGUUAUAACAACAUCAAUUAAUGUUUAUUUUUCAUUUGUCAAAUAUUAAUUAUUCAUAUUUUUGAUGUAAAACUGUCCGUCCGUUAUGCGAUCGGUCAUCAACCUUUUCCUCUUUAAACUUACGAUGCUCAGAUCUUUGUUAAAAAUUCAGUGACAUAUGCCAACAUAAUAUGUACUGGUGGUAGACUGUAAACUGUGUCAAAUACAUGGGAAAAAGCUUCUGAGAGCAUCCUAGAAUAAAACUUUUUUCCGGGGAGCAUGCCCCGGUGCCCACAUAGAACCACAAAAUUGUCCACACGAAUCACAAAAACGUGACAAUGGGCCUGAAGUAUGUGUGCUAUGAUUUUUCAAACAACAGAAUUGACUUUUCUUGUGCCUAUUUGUAACGGACGAUUUAAUUGGAUAGCUAAAAUUAGCAAACUCGGAACACAAGAAUAAGUAGAUCUUUACUAAAGUCAGAUCGCUUGCUACAAUGGCCUCGUAGUCCAUACGGAAUUUGCAUAUUGAAGUGACUGUUUCGUUAAAGGUAUAUCUUUGUGCAGAUCUAGAAAAAUGUUUAGAUUGAUAUACUUUUUAACAUUGAAAUCAUUGUUGUUCCUUAUAACAGAUUCAGAUUACCAUUUCGUAAAAUUCCAUUUUGUUUUUCUUUUAACAUUACAUAUGAUUUUUAUAUUUACGGUAUAUAAUGUAACGUUAUUUUAUUGUAUUUAAUGACUAAAUGUAUACUAUUUGAAUUUGACGGAUUAUGGUUUCA